GUUAAAUGACGUCCCUGCGCACCUUUGCAAAGUUGGAGUUGCUCGGAGUUGCUCUUACAGAGAGGAGGAGAGAUAGAGGGGGAGGGAGAGAGAGAGAGAGGGAUUCGGUGAAGGGAAGGCAUGCGGCUUGCAGAGAGGAGGGAGGGAGGAGAAGACGAAAAACAACUGCAGCAAGUUCAUGGACAGGGAGAGAGCGUGCUGCAGCCCGCUAGCAGUUUUCGUUUAGAUCCAGGUCACUUCUCUCUAUGGUGGUCCCUUAGAGUUUAUGUUUAUUGUGCAAAGCACAGAAGACCCUGCUUAUCGGGCUGUAUCUAUGCUACUAUCAGAGCUUAAGCAAAAAAACCUUGCGGCAAGCAAACAGGCACAACCAAUUCUGCCAGAAUUGCUGGAGAAUUCCACAACCAAGGUCAUUGAGUACGGCCGGAAGCAUGUCGAGGGUCGAGACGGCGAUAGCACCGACGUCGGCAAGAGCGGCGAUUAGGCUCUCAAGAAGUUUGACGGACUUCAUCAACAAGAUCAAAGCUGAUCAGAAUGUUCUCUUUGAUCUGUCUUGAAACGCUAAAGACAUUCUUGACGAUGAUGAUAAUGGAGUUCAGGAUUAUGAUUCACCCCGAACAACAAGGACGGAUAUGCUGUCUAUGCCAACAAGGGGGUAAGGUGAGAUAUAGUUUUCGUCAUGUCUUUAUGGUAGCUUGUCAUUUUCCAAGGACUUUUAAUUGCUGCUGCAUUGUUGAAUACCUUAAGAAUGAUCAGAACUUGGAUGUCGUCCUCGGAGAAGCCGUUGCGGUCGACGGGGCAUCAGUGCAUUCGUCUGACGUCGUUUAUGCAGCCUUUGAGCUCCGCCUUCGUUCCUUGGUAGUUGUAUCCUAUCCGCACUGCCUUUUUCACCAUUUCUGAACAUUUCCAAUCACUCUCACUCUGUUUUUUGUUUUUUGAUUUUUUUUUGUGAGAGAAGGAGAAUUGCAUUGUGAUGCUCUGUUUUUUAUUGCCUUAAAAUUAGAGUUUUAUUAUUUAUUUAUUUCGGAAUUACAAUAAUAUUUUAAUAUACAAAUCUUUUGUUUAAUUAAUAUACAAGUUGAAUAGUUUUUUUUAAUUCGAUUUUGGUAUGGGUUGGUGCCGACAAAGAAGAACAAGAUAAGGACUUGGAUGCACGUCCAGGCUUUUAAUUGCAUACCAAUUGCUGCAAGAUAUAUUUUGCCAUAUUGGCAAGAUAUUGUGUGAAUGACAAUCUGUCUUUUAAAAUUGGUUCAAGUUAAAUUUAGAGUUAUCUUGAAAAUAUUUGUAGUAUCUUAAGCAGUCUUGAAUAUACCCAUAACUUGGCUGUUUAAUUCCUGUUUGAACUGUCUUUGGCUGAACGCAGGUGCCACGACCGCCACUCAAAUACGUUUUUCAAUUUGUGUGGGAGGUAAUAUUUGGGCGUUUUGGCACCGGGUGUUUCCAGCAAUGGGGAUAAGAUACAGGAAAACUGGACGUUUUCAAUUUUUGGUCAUACUUAUCUACUAGAGGGAGACCAGACUCCUAUACAUGUGUUGCUCAUCGUGGAAGGAAAGACGGAUGAAAAAGCCGAGCUCUCUCUCAAGCAUGCAAGAAGGUCCGUCUCUCUCUCACCCUUCUCUCGCUCUCAAACCUCGACUUCUCUCAUUCAUUUUCUUGCUGAAAACGAUUGUUUCUUUGGUACUUUCACUCUAAAACUAUGAAACUUUUGUCCAAGAUUCCAAGAGUCCGACUGAAGGUAGAGAACCAAAAACCUUCAGUGGAUUUCUGGUCUACGCUACGCUAUCUCAAUCUCAAUAGUUACAGUCUGAAGGUAGAGAACCUUCAGUGGGUUUCUGACCGGUUGCAAGUUACAAACACGCUCCCUUCUCUGCCAGAGUUAAUUAUGUCUGAUUGUCAACUUGAUCCAAGUGGGGUCUUAAUAUAAAGCAGAAUGAAUAAAGGGGGGUUUUAAUAAAAUGGAAUGAUAAAGUGAAGUGAAUGCAUUUUGAUCUCAUGCAUGAUGAAAUCGUGCAUUUUCUCCACUAUGAAUUAAAUACUUGUUAUUGGAUUCAAAUUUCAGUUUGUUGUAUGCUAUUUCAUGAAUACAAGUUGUGGCGUCAACGCGGUUUAAUUAAUUAAUAGUCAAGCAAGUCUCAAAUGGUCUAAUAUUAUCUCCAAUUGGGUCAAACUUAUGCACUUAGUGGUGUUAGUCUACUGGAGGAUGGUCAUUCAUUAUAAUUGACUCGCUCUUUUUUUUUUCCUUUUCUGUAUUCCCACUUUUGUUAUCAAAUUAUUCCACAUGUAAAUAGUUUUGAAUUCAGAGUUUAGUCUUUCAAUUUCAAGCUGGCAUAUGAUCUUUGAAUAGUUCAAGCAUUUUUGUUAUCAUUCUAAUUUUCUGAAGGUAGAUAGAGAAAUUGCAUGUAAAUCGAACAAUGUUUCAUAAUCUUUUGCAUGUUGGUACUAUUGUUGAUCCAAAGCCACAAGAACUUUGUUGGUCUAAUCUUUUUUGCAUGUAAAUAGAAGUCUGAUCUUUUGUGUGUAUACAAGCAACAGUAUCAUUUAAACGCUUUAAAAACCCUCAGCGUCGUGUGGGCAAUUUUUGCUUGUUAUAAUCAAAUAUAUGAAAUUGAAAUGUUGUACGAGGUUACAAUUGGAGAGAUUUUUCAGUGUGAUUGGAAUACGGAAUUGUACACCACGUGUCACUAUACAAAUAGUAGAAUAUAUUUGUUAAAAAAUUAAUAAUUUAAAAAAUAAAAUUUUCACCACUUAUAUAAAAACAUGUGGUGUACCACUCGUAUUUCGAUCACAAUGAAAAAUUUGUCGUUACAAUUGUACCAAAAUUUAAAGAAGUAAAUUGUAAUUUACCCUUCUUACUUUCACUUGCACAUUUACUUGUUUGACGCCCGGCUUAGUUGGGAGUAUUAUAUCCCAGUAAAAAUAUCACAUCCAUAAAAAUAAAAAAUAAAAAUUUCAUCUAUAUUAAUACAAUGUAUUUGAAGGACCGACGAUUCCCAAUUCCAAGUGGGGUCUUAAAUUAAACUAGCUAGUCCUAAAUAGCCGCUUAGUUUAUUCCAUCUUAUCAUCUAUGAAACUUUUGUCCAAGAUUCGAAGAGUCCGUCCGACGACUGUUACUCUCAUUGAUGUGCACCGAUUUUGAAAAUGCGGUCUCAUGCCGUAGAGGAUGGUUUAGAAAAGGUUUCUAGCCAUUGCAACCAGUACUUUCAGUAUUGGUUUAUGCAAUGGAAAUCCAGGUUGGCCUCCACUUUGCAAAGAGAGCGAAAGACGAGCACUUCUGAUGUUCAAGCAAGAUCUCAAGGACCCUGCCAAUCAGCUUGCAUCGUGGGUUGCAGAAGAAGGUUCAGACUGUUGUAGUUGGACAAGAGUAGUCUGUGAUCACAUGACCGGCCACAUCCAGGAGCUGCACCUUAAUAAUACCAACCCUUAUUGGGAUUUCGACUCUUCCUUCGGUGGUAAGAUAAAUCCUUCUUUGCUCAGUUUAAAGCAUCUCAACUUCUUGGACUUGAGUAACAAUAAUUUCAGUGGAACACAAAUUCCUAGUUUCUUUGGUUCUAUGACAAGUUUAACACACCUUAAUCUUGCGUACUCAUUGUUUGAUGGAGUAAUUCCUCAUAAACUGGGAAAUCUCUCCAGUCUGCGCCAUCUCAAUCUCAGUUUAAACGAUCUGAAGGUUGAAAACCUUCAGUGGAUUUCUGGUCUUUCUCUGCUGAAACACUUAGACUUGAGUUAUGUAAAUCUUAGCAAAGCAUCUGACUGGUUGCAAGUUACAAACAUGCUCCCUUCUUUGGUAGAGUUAGACAUGUCCUAUUGUCAUCUUCAUCAAAUCCCCCCUCUACCCACCCCAAAUUUUACUUCCCUGGUCGUCCUUGAUCUUUCUAGAAACAUUUUUAAUUCUUUGAUGCCGAGGUGGGUUUUCAGUCUUAAAAAUCUAGUUUCUAUUCAUCUUAGUGCUUGUGGUUUCCAAGGUCCAAUUCCUAGCAUUUCACAGAAUAUCACAUCUUUGAGGGAAAUUGAUUUGUCAUCCAAUUAUAUUAGUCUUGAUCCGAUUCCCAAAUGGCUGUUUAACCAAAAAGAUCUUGCAUUGAGUCUAGAAUCCAAUGAACUUACAGGACAACUUCCAAGCAUCAUUCAGAAUAUGACUGGUCUUAAAGUUCUUGAUCUCGGAUGGAACGACUUCAAUUCUACCAUACCUGAAUGGUUGUAUAGCUUGAACAAUCUCGAGUCUUUACUUCUUUCUUACAAUGCCUUGCGUGGUGAAAUAUCGAGUUCCAUUGGAAACAUGACAUCUCUUGUCAAUCUUCACUUGGAUGGUAAUCAGUUGGAAGGGAAAAUCCCAAAUUCCUUGGGACAUCUUUGUAAGUUGAAAGUUCUUGAUCUGUCAGAGAACCAUUUCACGGUUCGAAGACCAUCCGAAAUCUUCGAAAGUUUGUCCAAAUGUGGUCCAGAUGGAAUAAAGUCAUUGUCAUUGAGGUAUACUAAUAUAUCAGGUCCCAUUCCAAUGUCACUAGGAAAUCUGUCAAGCUUAGAAAAAUUGUACAUAUCUGGAAAUCAUUUUAAUGGAACUUUCACAGAAGUUAUUGGUCAACUCAAAAUGCUAAUGGAUUUGGAAAUAUCUUAUAAUUCGUUAGAAGGUGCAGUGUCGGAAGUGUCUUUUAGCAACCUUACAAAGUUGAAGCAUUUCAUUGCAAAAGGAAACUCAUUUACUCUGAAAACCAGUCGAGAUUGGGUUCCUCCUUUUCAACUUGAAAUUUUGCAGCUGGAUUCCUGGCAUUUGGGGCCUGAAUGGCCAAUGUGGUUGCGGACACAAACGCAAUUAAAAGAACUAAGCUUGUCUGGUACAGGAAUUUCAAGUACUAUUCCUACUUGGUUUUGGAACUUAACUUUCCAUGUACAGUAUCUGAAUCUCUCUCGCAAUCAAUUGUAUGGGCAGAUUCAAAAUAUAGUUGCUGGUCCUCUUUCAACAGUUGAUCUUGGUUCUAACCAAUUCACUGGUGCAUUGCCUAUUGUUCCCACCUCAAUAAUGUGGCUAGAUCUUUCCAAUUCAUCAUUUUCUGGAUCUGUUUUCCAGUUCUUCUGUGAUAGGCCGGAUGAACCAAAGCAACUCUAUAUUCUUCGUCUCGGGAACAAUUUUCUCACUGGAAAAGUACCCGAUUGUUGGAUGAGUUGGCAAUACUUGGUAUUCCUAAAUUUAGAAAACAACAACCUAACUGGGAAUGUCCCAAUGUCCAUGGGAUACUUGCAACACUUGGCAUCGCUGCACUUGCGCAAUAAUCACCUGUACGGAGAAUUGCCACAUUCCCUGCAGAACUGUACCUCGUUGUCAGUUGUUGACCUUAGUGAAAAUGGGUUUUCCGGAAGCAUACCAAUAUGGAUAGGGGAAAGCCUUUCAGGGUUGAAUGUUCUUAACCUUCGUUCAAAUAAGUUUGAAGGAGAUAUUCCUCAUGAAGUUUGUUAUUUGAAAAGUCUCCAGAUAUUGGACCUUGCACAUAACAAACUCUCAGGAAUGAUACCAAGACGCUCCGAUUAGAAGAUGCGACUAUGGGACAGAGGUUCAGGGCCGAAGGGGUAGAGGAAGACCUAGGAAAACUUUGGAAGAGACUCUAAGAAAAGACUUAGAGUACUUGGAUCUAACG